AAAAUAUAAAAUAUAACACAUCCGAAAACUUUCAGGGAUGGAAUGUAAUAGAGAAAAAAAUGUCAAUAGCUUACGCGAUCAUAUAUAUAUCCUUGGCUUUUAAUAUUUUUAUAUUCUGUUACAUUGGCGAGGUAGUCACAGAACAGUGUAAACAGGUAGGCGAAACAGCCUAUAUGACUAACUGGUACCGUUUGCCUCAUAAAACGGCUCGUGAUCUGAUCUUAAUUAUUUCUCGAUCGAGUAACGUGAUCAAAUUAACUGCAGGAAAACUAGUUCAUCUUUCUAUCGCAACGUUCGGUGAUGUGAUGAAAACCUCUAUGAUAUAUUUAAACAUGCUCCGGACCAUGACGGCUACUUAGACAACAGUUCCACCAUUUUGUACAAAGCGUUAGCAAAUUCUCUAGU